CACCGCACCGCACGUGGACUGAGUCCCCAGGUGAGGCGAACCUAGUGAUAGAUCGAUGUGCAUGAGGAGAAUUUCGCUCAGCUGCUGAGUUCUGGACUGAACAUCUGGAGGCUCUGCUUUCGGCAUCAUCAUGGGCAACAGCGUGUCCAGUGUGCCGGCUCUGCACAGAGGAGGACACCACAACAAAUUCCAAAGACUUCCAAACUCGUACAAAGAUUCCUUAGGUGGAUCGUUCCCUGUUGCCUCCCAGCGAUGUCACCACAAGCCCAGGCGCUGCCUGCCCAUCCAGCAGUGCGGUGGCUUUCCCAUCAGCCCCCUGCUCUUCCACCCCAAUGCCAAGGGCUCGCAGAUCGUCAUGGACCUGGCCCAGAAGGCUGUCAAGAGGCAGGCCAGCUUCUGCAAUGCGAUCACGUUCAGCAACCGGCCCGUAGCCCUGUACGAGCAGGUCAGGCUGAAGAUCACAAAGAAGCAGUGUUGUUGGAGUGGGGCCCUGCGACUUGGUUUCACCGCUAAGGACCCAUCCCGGAUCAACCCAGACAGCCUGCCCAAGUACGCCUGCCCUGAUCUGGUGUCCCAGAGUGGCUUCUGGGCCAAGGCGCUGCCCGAAGAGUUCGCCAACGAGGGAAACGUCAUCGCCUUCUGGGUGGACAAGAAGGGCCGGGUCUUCUACCGCAUCAACGAUUCCAGCCCUAUGCUGUUUUUCAGCGGCGUUCGGACCGUGGAGCCCCUCUGGGCCCUGAUUGAUGUUUAUGGUCUUACCAGAGGGGUGCAGCUGCUCGACAGCGAGAUCGUACCCCCAGACUGUCUGCGGCCACGCUCCUUCACCACGGUGCGCCGGUCGUCCCUGCGGCGCGAGGCGGACGAGUCGCGCCUUUCCGUCAGCCUCUGUGACCUGAACCUCCAGGAGGAGCGCCUGCACCUGGCCUCCUCGGCCUGCCCCAUUCCGCAGAACUCGCUUAACUCGCAGCAGUCGAACCUGCUGCCGCCCCACCUGGACGGUGACCUGCACUUCCACCAGGUGCACGGGGCGCACGUGCGGGCACUGGACGAGCAGACGGUUGCGCACUCGGAGCACGGCCGCGAGGAGAGGACCCUGGUGUUCACCAGCCGCCCCCUUCGCGCCGGUGAGACUGUCUUUGUCAAGGUCACCAAGUCAAGCCCGUCGCGCUCGGGCUCGCUCUCCUACGGCGUGACUUCCUGCGACCCCGGCAUCCUGAGGCCCAGCGACCUGCCCUACAACCCCGAGUCCCUGGUGGACCGCAAGGAAUUCUGGGCUGUGUGUAGGGUGCCCACUCCGCUGCAGAGCAGCGACAUCCUAGGCUUCCUCAUCACCAAGGAUGGGGAAGUCAUUCUGAGCCACAACGGCACCAGCGCAGGGAUGCAGGUCUGCGUGGACAACUCAAGACCCCUGUGGAUGUUCUUCGGGUUGCACGGCGCCGUCACGCAGCUCAGAAUCCUGGGCUCCACCUACCAGGCAGACACACGGGGGCCUUCGGCCCCCAGCUCUCCCUCGUCCAUCCCCAACACGCCGACGGGACUGUGCGGGGGCGGUUCAGACACCACCCUCAACAGCAGCUGCCCCGGAGCGUUCUGCGGUUCCGCUGGAGGGACGACUCCAAGCUCACCCAUCAGCCUCCCCAAAUCGCCCACCUUCCCAUCGGGCUCUGGAUCCUGGAGUGACGAGUGCUCCAUCUGCUAUGAGAACAUGGUGGACACUGUGAUCUACGCUUGUGGGCACAUGUGUCUGUGCUACACCUGUGGCCUCAAACUGAAGAAAAUGGCCAAUGCCUGCUGCCCCAUAUGCAGGAGGACCAUCAAGGACAUUAUAAAGACUUACCGCAGUACGUAAGGAGUGGCCAGGGAUGCGGGGCCUCGUGAAAUCGUAGGCGCAGAGGAGGAAAAAAUAUCAGGGAAUUUUUUCUGUGGUGCACCAUGGUACGAUCCACGUUGGGGCAGUUCCUUGUUCAUGAACGUGUGAGGUUCGUUAGUAUGCCGAGGUCCAUUUCAUUUCACACAGAUUCUGCAAGGCACCGUGUUUCAGCUUAGGAGAACUUGGCGGUAAACAGCAGUUAUCUUUUUCACAAAAAGCUUUGCCACCGCCAGCGAUUCAGGAAGUCUUGGACAAUCAAGUCCAACAGUGGAGAAGGUUCCCUUUUUGUCACUUUGGAGUCUCUCUCUAAAAUGGAAAGUAUGAGCUCUUCUCUAAAUGUUCUGUGUCUGAGUGAGUGUGGCAGAGGAGAGGAGCGCGGGUUUAGUCUAAGUUUAGGUAGACGUUCCAGCUGAAUCUAGAUACACGUCCUAAAGUCAGCUUUAGAGAUGUGCAUGUGGAAAUGAUCCUGCUGCACAACUUCUGUCUGUGCUACACAAAACGAAACGGAAAUCUCUGAGGACCUUAUACUCCAAACAGAAAUGGUGACAGUCGCCAGCAGUGAUUCUGUUGGAUUUGCUGCGCUCAAGAAAAAUAAGGAAGUGAUCUCUCCCUCUGCAGGUGCGCUAUGUUUUCACGAACCUGUACGAGUCGCCGGAAGAGAACGGCAUCUGGAAACGACAUUCUAGCCAUUUGACGUCGCCGCACUUCGUCAGCAGUGAGCGCUCGCUCUGCGUAACAAGUGACGACGGCAGAACUUUCCAUCCUUUCGCUCUUUGGACACCUUGCCACGCUGUUAACCCAUACUGGCAAACAGCUGUAGUGUCAGUGCUGUGGUGAUCGCACGUCCAGUGGGUCACUUCUGCUCUAAUGUGUCAGUGUGUUGUGCCCUGUGUGCCCUGUCUCAUGGGGUCGUGGGGUCUCAUCCAGUUACACACAGAAACGCGCGUGCGGCUGCACAGAAUAUAAUGGAAAAUUGCGAUCCCAGUACGGCACUUUGCAGUGGUUGAGAUGGAUCUCCUGCUUCUGAGCUCUUCAGUGUUUUGCUAUAACGACCGAGUCCUGAACCACAGUGACCAAGAUCAGAGCUGCACACUUGCUGGGACGAGCCAGUGCACUAUGAGAUACGGCCAUGAAGCGGAUGAGCGCAGACCUAACAGUAUCCGACCCAAACCAGUGUCAAAUCUGGGAUCCCAGUGAACAGCGCGAAUGUAGUUGUGCGCAUGCUGUUUACCAGGAGACAGAAGCCAUGCCAGUCCGCCUCAAGCCUUAACAAAUGGGAAGAGGCCAUUUUUGUCAAUGGAGGGUGUUUUUUUAUCGGUUGUAUUCAUGCCCAUUCCCCAAAUACCAAAAAUGCCGUAGUCUAGUGUAACUGCGACCUGCUGUAAGGAAGAGAAGAGGGUUACAGUGAAGAAAGGCCGAAAGGUACAAGUUAGUCAAGAAGAUAAUAAUCACAUGACAGCAUGUUAAUAAAUAAGCCUUUCUUUUCAGGAGUGUUAUUUCACUGCUCAGUUCUGUACAGGAUCUGCGCUCUCAGCCCACUCGUUCUGGGUACUCUGUGUUCACCUUAAGUACUGUGACUGUAAAGGUAGUGGGAAUAAAAACACGGCCGCUUUCGCAAGCAGGGGCAUCCGCAGGAGUCAUCCUGCAUAUCACUGCUGCUCCUACUCAUUGUGUUGAAAACAUGCAGGCAGCACUGGCUUCAGCGUAUCAUCCUUACAUAUGUGUGCAUUUCAGCGGGAAGUGAUGGUGCGUGGAAAGGAAUGACAACUACGUGACCGGGUAUUACAAGUGCAGGUACAAACCCGUGUCGGAAACGUCUUGUUUUGCGCUGCAUCUCUAGGGAAGAUUGAUCAGUUUAAAUGGCAAGUUUAGCUUAGACCUUCUGGUCACUCAUUUACACAUCGCAGGACUAACUUUACUCAUGUAACUUGCACCUUUCUUCUAAUAGAAAACGUUAGUCGAAGUCCCUUCAUUUCAUAGUAACCUGAGAGAGAUGCUGGAAAGUCCCCUGAAGAGCAUUAUACUGAUUUUAGAAUUAGAUUGCUUGUGUUUUGUAAUUCUUUAAGGGAUAGACUGUAUUUAAUAGUGGGGGAGAAUUCUGCAUAAUAUAUUUCCAUGAAAAAUGUACUUUAUAUUUGUAGGACGAUGUACAUAUUUGAAAAUGGCCCAGAACCAUACAUGAAUCAUAUUUUUGGAAAUAAAUUUGUGAUGCAGCAGGGCUUUUGAUAAUCAGAAGUGAAUGUAUGAUAACUGUCCACACAGAAACCCAGUAGUUUCAAAAUGGUUUCAAAGGAAUAAAAAUUAAUCAUUCUCCUCCAGAAACACCUCUAACAUUCAGCUAAAAAAAAAAGAAAAAAAAAAAAAAACUUCACUCUGGUCUCAUUUUCAGUAUUCUUCAUAAUGUUCAAGUGGCCACGUGUGGUGCUCAUUUCUUAAUGAAGUGUCCUCACCGGACUGGGACAUAGAGGCUGUGGCGUCCAAUUUGGAAAAAACAAAUGCCAGUAUAAACAAUGUACAUUCGGACCAUUUUCAAAAGCAUAGAUGAAAUUGUAUUAUAUAUGGAUUCAUUCUGUAAAAAUUAAAAUGAACAAUCAAGUGGUCAAACUUGAUGUUAAAAGCAAUGGAAUUCAUGAAUGAGGCUUCUGAAAUUUGGAGAUAUUUACUGUAAUGUAAAAUAAUAAGCAGGUAGUGACCAUUGUUUUUCCACAUUCCAAAUAUCUGUACUCUGGAUUUCUCUAGACUCAUAAUAUGUUGUGAUAUGUUAGAUAGAUAAUGGUACCUAUUUAUUUUUUAAUGUCUUCACCUGCCUUUCUAACAAUUAAAGUCACAAAAAGAGCAAUAUUAUAAUCUCUCGCCCUGUCAGUAUGGACUAUUUUAAAGGGAUACCUGGACAGAUUAUGUAAAUUAUAUAAUUAAGAACUGAGGCUUGAAUUUUUGCUGCUAAAGUGUUUGCUGUGUCUCCAUUGAAGCAAAUGCUAAGAUUCACAUACACACACACUCAUUUGCAUAUGCUGUGUUUAAAGAUACACGCCUUUCUUUCAAGUGUUUAUUCCUGACUGAAUGUUAAUUUAUGCUACUUUAGACGAUUAAACCCCUAAUUGUAGGUACAGUAGGAGAAAAGCAUUUAGUCACGUUUGUAUGACUUGAGAAAGCUUCCUUAGGCUCUAAUUGUGCUGUGGUUUUAUUUUUUGUCACAAUUUAUUCGUUACAAAAUAAUAUAGCUGCUAAGUGUGUGAGUGUAUAUAUACAGUGUAUGUGUGUGUGUAUAUAUAAACAGCAAAAGAGCAAGUACUGUUUAGUGCUUUUGCGAGUUCUGUAAAACAGCAGAGCACAGGUGUGCGUGAACAUUUCCAUUCGCAUUCGUACCUCUCCAGUCCAGAUGCUUUGUCGCUUUGAUACCGUUUGACAUUAGUGAAGGAUAGAAAUUAAUUAUUGGUGCGUUUCUCAAGACGUAUAUCCUAAGAACUUCAUUUUUUUUAAAUGUAGACCUUGUU